AUGGCACCUAGAGGGUGGUUCAACUGGCGCUACUUCCUCGGCUUUGACAACCCGCGCUCCCACAAUCACUGGUGGCACGAGUCUCAUCAGCGCCUCCUCCCCAGCUACGUGGACGAGGCCUUGCAAUCUGCCAUCCCCGCGCAUGAAGUCACCAAGAUCGCCCUGCGGCUACGCCACCUUGUCGAGGAGGCCGUGCCCGUCGAGCUGGACGAGGAGCAGAUCACCCGUCCCCACUCAAAAGUCAUCACCAAGAAGGUCAUCCAGGCCGCCAAAGAAGCUGGCGGCUCGCAGAACAAAGCAUGCGUCGUCUACUGCCUGCUCGUCUGCAAGCGCUGGUUCAAGCAGCAGUCGUUGAUGGAGCUCUGGGACUGCGAUCUGCAUGGCCUGAGGGCCACCGCCUGUGAGGUGAUCUCUAAGCAAAUCAUCGAGACCGAAGAGGACCAGGAGUACCUGCUACACUCGGUGCUGCUGAAGCGGUACUCGAUCGUCAUCGACGGCGAAGCCACGCCGCCGAGCAACGUCAUCGAGAAGGCUGUCGACCUGCACGCUCUGCGCGUCAUUGGGUCCUCCGGGUACCAGAAGUGCGUGAGCUACCUCUGGAAGGGUUGGCUGGUGCAGGAUGAGAAUGAUCCGGCCAGCUUCGUCGACUUCAAGGACAAGGACGAUGUCAGGUUUAUCACCCACCUCGAUCCGGAUCGCAUGCGCGCCCCGAUGUAUCAGAAUGCUGCCCAACUCCUCAUCUCGCUCAUCUACCUUGGUCUGUAUACCGGCGCUAUCAAUUCGAUCAACAGGGACGCCGACGUUGAUUUCGUCGAGAUCCUGCUUUACAUCUUCACUCUGGGCUUCGUGUUUGAUGAAUUCACCAAGUUCUGGAAAGCCGGUUACCACAUUUGGGGUUUCUGGACAGCCUUCAACGCCGUUCUCUACGCCCUGCUUACGACAAGUCUCGUUAUCCGCUUUACUGCUCUCAGCCACGACUUGGCCCCGCCGGGUGCUGCACCUGGCCCGCGCGAAAAGCUGAACGUGCUAUCCUACAACUUCCUCGCCUGCUGCGCGCCGAUGUUCUGGAUGCGCCUACUGCUGUACCUUGACAGCUUCCGCUUCUUCGGAGCAAUGCUAGUCGUCCUCAAGGUCAUGAUGAAGGAAUCUAUUAUCUUCUUCGCACUCUUGGGCGUCAUCGUCAUUGGCUUCCUGCAAGCCUUCAUCGGAUUGGACAAAGCCGAUGAUAAUGUCACUGACUUGAAGUUCAUCUCGCAAGCAAUGGCCAACGCGCUGAUGCAGUCGCCCGAAUUUGACGGUUUCGACAGGUUCGGGGCCCCAUUCGGACUAAUUCUAUACUACCUGUUCACAUUCGUCGUCAUGGUUGUCCUCCUCAACAUUUUGAUUGCUUUGUACAACUCUGCGUACGAGGACAUCUAUACCAACGCAAACGACGAGUAUCUCGCCCUGUUUGCACAGAAGACUAUGCAAUUUGUGCGCGCGCCGGACGAGAAUGUGUUCAUCGCCCCAUUCAACCUAAUUGAGGUGUUUUUCCUGGCCCUCCCACUCGAGUGGUGGAUGCCCAAGAAGCAGUACGAGCGCAUCAAUGAUAUAGUGAUGGGGGUCAUAUACUUCCCACUUUUACUCGUGGCGGCGUACUUCGAGACCAAGAAUGCAACGGAGAUUCGUGCGAACCGCGCCCGCGGCGAAGACGACGACGACACGAUCGAAGAGUGGGAGCAGAUGGCGGACGAGGUCGACUUUGAGAGCGAUGGUUGGAACAAGACGGUCAACCAGGCCAGGACGAAUCUCGAGGUCGACGCCACGGUCGCCGAGGUACAGAAGCUGAGGUCCGAGGUGGAGAAGCUGCAGGACCUGGUCCUCCAGCUGACGAAGACCAUGGGCAAGGGUGCAGGCGGGUAUGGCGGCGAAAAUGGGGAGAAGUCAACUUCUCACCUGAGUAGGACCAGCACGGCUGUUGCGGAUAGUCAGCCCACGGAAACGGGCGAUGGCGGCGGACACCUCGAGACUGAUCCCAUGGAGUAA